AUGCCGGGGACACACGCUAGUACCGCGACGGUACGACUACUCCGGUGUGCGACGGUACCACCAGUCGGUCGAUCGUCACCUUCUUUGAAACGGCGGUACCAAUCGUACGCUCCCCGAGUGGUGGCGGCGACUACGGCAACGGCAGAUAUUCUGCGGAAUGCCAACGGAUCCUUCGAUAGUCCUAAUUACCGGACACUGCUGAUCCGCCGGUGGGCUUCCUCCACGACUACUACAACCAGUACUACUGCGACUACUACAACGGCCACGUCCACAACGAGUGGGGCUCCGGAUACUACUUUGUCAACUUCUGCACUCGGUCGGAUAGAAUCCCUAACGUCGACGACUUCUCCAUUGGCCCUGAUCGAACCCAUGUCCAUGCCACGUAUUUACCGCUAUUUGAAUUUAGCAACGUACCAACGAGAUGAGCUGGAAAGCGUGUUUGACAGAAUACGAAACGGAUACGCUCUCCAAACUACACACGACCAAAAGACUGCCGUCGGGACUGGGCCCGAAGCCACGGACUCCGACUCGGUCGAUCCAGAGGAAACCAUUACGGACUCUCAGAUCCAGCGGUAUCUACUGUCGCGCAUUUACGAGCUCGAAGAAGAAAGUGACGAAGUCAUUGAAGAAGGUCCAGUUACUCAGACCUUGCGCGAACAGUACGUACAGCACGAAAGUCAACGCUUUCUCCGAGCCUUUGCGGAUUACGCGACGAGGGCACCCGGGAAUGGUACGCUUCUGACCACAACGACCAUCAACAAACCCGAAUUUUGUGACCUUUUGACAACCAAAGCCAGUCAAGUUGAUCUACAGCGAACCUGGCCCAUUACGGUGAGUAUGCUCUUGGUAGGCUCGUCUGUGGGAGUCAUCACGCCCGCCAUGCCUUUUGUUGUUGAGCAAUUGAGUUUGACGGCGAGUCAGUACGGUAUGGUGGUCUCGGCCUUUGGAUUGGCCAAAAUGCUGGGCAACAUCCCGUCCGCGAUUGCCGUGGAACGACACGGACGGAAACCCUUCAUGACCUGGAGUCUACUCAUCAUUGCCUGCGGCGUGGGCGGCAUUGGUUUAGCCAACAGUUUUGAAGAACUCUAUAUUUGUCGAUUACUGACGGGUCUUGGUGUGAGUUUCUUGUCCACGGCCGGCACGCUCAUGAUUUCAGACUUGUCCACGCCGUUGAAUCGCGCGUCCACGUACGCGCCGAUUAUGAGCGCCUUUUCGGCAGGCACCGCACUCGGACCAGCCCUCGGUGGGAUACUAGUCGACCAGGUGGGCCUGCAUCCAACAUUUUACAUGGUCGGGGUUUCGUAUUUGGGAGUCGCAGCCUUGAAUCGAGCCAUUUUGAACGAAACCAAAACACAUGCCGUCCAUUUUCCGUGGCAACAACGGCGGUCCGGCGAUGAUGUCGCGGGCGACAGUUUGUCGAGCUCAGUCCAGGACGCAGUGGGUCAAUGGGUACCGUUGUUGCAGAAUUCGUCCGUCCGCAACAUUAUGAUUAUGAACGGGAUGUACUGGAUUGCAUUGGCGGGCUCACAGAUGACAUUGUUGCCGUUAAUGCUGACCAAUUCUGGAGGCUUGGCCAUGUCCGCGACUCAAGUUGGUCAGGUCUACAUGUCCAUGAGUCUCGUCCAAAUCGUCGGCAACCCGCUAUUUGCCAAGGUUAUGGAUAAGACGGGCAAGGCGCCGGCGAUUGUGACGGGUUGCACAUUGAUCAGUACAGCUAUGGUUGGACUCGCCUACUGCGACGAUUAUACACAAUUAGCAGCAGCGCUGGGAUUAUGGAGUAUUGGAUCGAGCAUGCUCAGUACAGCCCCUCUUGCUCACCUUUCGGAUAAGGUAGAUGAUGCCAAGCGGGCCCAGGCAAUUGCACUACUAAGAACCUGCGGGGACGUUGGAUUUUUGAUAGGGGCCACUGGAAUCGGGGCGUUGGCCGACUGGACUGGGAGCCUGGAAACAGCUAUGCAAAGCAGUGCCGGUUUGUUGUUCACAGCAACGGCGUGGUAUGCAACCAGACAGGUACUGGAUUCACGGAUAGGAGCGCCUGCGAGAAAGUCGACCUCAUAG